UCCUCCUGACCUCUGUGUGUUUCAAGCUCGCCUUUAGUUCUCGUUCUUCCCGCCGGAAACUUGCUUUCCUCGCCGGAUAACCGCUUAGACUCCGGUGAAGCUCCUCUCUCUUCCACAGGCCACUCAUCUUUCUCAUUUUCUCUACUGUUUUUCCUUGGAUUGGUCGGAAUGGAUUUCGAUCUCCAUGUAAAUUUUCUAAUGACUCGGUUUUGUGUCGUUUGUUGUGUUCUGUGAGAAUGUGGUCGGCCUGCUGCUCGUCGGAGGCUUGCUCCUGACUGUUCGUUGAUAACUAUGACCUAAGUUCAUUUGAUUUUAGAUUUCUUUCCUUGUUCUGUUCUUUCUUUUGUUCUCCGGUUGUUUGUAGUUCGAGGAAGUGAUCACAGAGGGAGGCGUGUACAGAACGAUUUCGGCAUGAGAUGGAUCAGAGAAGUGACAAACAAUUUUUGUUUGCGUUCUUCCCUCGAUAAUUUCUGCCUCUUCUAUGCAGCUUUUUGACUCGCAAAAAGUCUGACAUUAUUGGAAUCUAUAUGUGUUGACAGGUGGAAUGACGAAUCUUCAUGUCCCCAGAGUCCCAAAAUGGCGUCGAGUUUCUUUAACGAAAAAGGAUUCAGUGAAUGAAAUCUGAAGCUGUUGCAGAAAUAUGUGGACGACAAGCAGGGGAGAUGCUUCAAGAGCUUCGGUAUCAUGUGGCAUGAAAUUUCAUGAUGAUGUAGAUUCAUUUUCAUGGAAAAAUGGUCCUUCUAUUGGGAAUGAUGACUUUUCUAAGCGAGGAGUGGGCAAGUUUCACUGCAGUGAUCUAGAAUGGAUUAAUAAGAUUCCAGAAUGUCCCGUAUAUCAUCCCUCAAAAGAGGAAUUUGAGGAUCCUCUGGUUUAUUUGCAGAAAAUUGCUCGGGAUGCUUCAAGUUAUGGUAUGUGCAAGAUAGUUUCUCCUUUUAGUGCUUCUAUCCCUGCUGGGAUGGUUUUAAUGAAGGAAAAAGUAGGAUUCAAAUUCACAACCAGAGUUCAACCACUUCGUCUUGCUGAGUGGGACGCAGAUGAUAGAAUGACCUUCUACAUGAGUGGGAGAAAUUAUACCUUUCGCGAAUUCGAGAAAAUGGCGAACAAGGUUUUUGAGCGUAGAUAUUGUAGUUCUGGGUACCUUCCUGCCAAAUACUUAGAGAAGGAAUUUUGGCAUGAAAUUAUUGGUGGGAAAACAGAUACCGUAGAAUAUGCUUGUGACAUUGAUGGUACAGCAUUUUCGUCUUCUCCAAAUGAUGAGCUUGGGAGAAGUAAAUGGAAUUUGAAGAAACUAUCAUUGUUACCCAAGUCUGUCUUGCGUCAUUUAGAGAUGGAGAUUCCGGGAGUUACUGAGCCAAUGCUGUAUAUUGGAAUGCUGUUUAGUAUAUUUGCCUGGCAUGUGGAGGAUCAUUUCCUGUAUAGUAUUAAUUAUCAUCACUGUGGAGCAUCGAAAACUUGGUACUGUAUUCCUGGUGAUGCAGCUUUAAGAUUUGAGGGCGUUGUCAGAGAAAAUGUGUACAAAGAUGAUAUUCUAUCAGAAAAUAGUGAGGAUGGAGCUUUUGAUAUUCUUUCGGGGAAAACAACAUUGUUUCCUCCAAAUAUUCUGCUGGAACACGGCGUCCCUGUAUACAAGGCUGUUCAAAAACCUGGGGAGUUCAUUAUUACCUUUCCAAGAGCAUACCAUGCUGGUUUUAGUCACGGCUUCAAUUGUGGUGAAGCUGUGAACUUCGCUGUGAGCAAUUGGUUUCCUUUGGGUGAUCUGGCUAGCCAGCGUUAUGCUCUUCUCAAUAGAGUUCCCCUACUUCCUUACGAAGAACUUUUGUGUAAAGAAGCAAUGCUUCUCCAUACAAAUAUUGAACUUGAAGAUUCAGAUCAUGCAUCCAUGGAAUCAGUCUCUCACCGUUCCCUCAAGAUAUCUUUUGUGAGUUUGAUUCGCUUCCACCAUUGUGCUCGGUGGUUACUCAUAAAAUCCAGGGUGUGUAGGAGGAUUUCUUCAAGGUCCCAUGCCACCAUCCUCUGCAGUUUAUGCAAACGUGACUGCUACAUUGCAUAUGUCAAUUGCAGCUGUUAUGGACAUCCUGUGUGCCUUCGCCAUGAUUUUGAUUCUAUUAACUUUUCAUGUGGGAGAAAUCAUACACUGGUUUUGAGGGAGGACAUUUCAGAAAUGGAAACUGCAGCCAGGAAGUUUGAAAAGGAAGGAAGAAUUUUAGAGGAAAUGCUUGAGCGAACCAAAAGUAAUCAGGACUUAUAUUCUUAUCCACUGUCCAAUUUGUUUCAGAAAGCUGAAGAAGAGGGUUACAAUGCAUACUGUUCGGUGACAUUUCGGUUGAACCCUGAGCUCGAAGAAGUUGUUGGUAGUUAUUCACAAGAGAACGAAGGUUUUAAAACUAAGCAGGCUAUGGCGAGUGGUGCUGCUGACAUAUUAAGUACUGAAAUGUCUGAGGCUUUACGUAGUCCUAAGCCAAUCAAUCAGAUACAGAAACAUGCUUAUAACGAAUUAGGGAACCAUGAAGCCCCCAGUUUCUCUCAAGUGUUGUGCUAUACAUGCGAGUCUUUUCCUUCCCUUCAGUCAGGGAAGAACUGCUCAGGAUCACAUAUUCAACCUCGGGCGGAUCAGAAUGAUGAUGAUGAUUCGGACAUGGAGAUUUUUAGAGUUAAGCGUCGAUCAUUGAAGGUGAAAAAGAACAUCACGAAUGAUAACAGGAUAAAGCAGUCUACUCAACAGGGUCUCAAAAGACUGAAAAAACUCCAUCCACACACGAGGUGUGGUCAAUUAAUGUCAUCAGUUUGUUGCAAAGCUGACAAGUCAGUUUCCAAAGUGUUUCCUACCAGUAAAGAUAGUGUCUUUGUAGAUAGAUCUAGCAGAACAACCAUUCCCAUCUCUUUAAAGUUAAAGAGAUUCAGCAUUGGGGAAGCAGGGAGUAGACAACAACUUGAACGCCACAGUAAAGAAAUGUUCUGGCAUGAACAGGGAAAGGCCUCACACAAACCUCUCCCUGCUGCUGAGUGUGGGCCGAAGCGCAUUAAAGUCCGAGUUCUAUCGUCAUACCUGGGGUCUCACCACAAGUUGCAUUGAAGCUUUUGGCUAUAAGGUAUUGUCCAGCUAUCAGGUUAGUGAUUGAUUGAUCCACUCUCAAGCGUGCUUUUUCGCUUUAUUUUGCUAACGAUACGAUACGAAAAGAAAAGGAGUAGACGAAUACAGUUGACUCAAUGGUUGAAUGUGUAUAUACUUUAUGCAGGCCUAGCAUAUAGUUAGCCUAUUGUUAAGGUUCUUGAGCUGCGUGUUUUUCGAUCAUCAGCCGGGGAACCUUCCUGCAAGAGUGAUGAUAUGGGAUGUGGAUAAUUGAUAGAUGUAGUAGUUAGAUGUAACAUGUAAAUAUUCUGGCCAAAUUUUAUGCUGAUAAACAGGUGAAUUCCAAAUGCACAUUGAAUAAAAUUGGCUCUAUGAUUCUCA